CUUCCAUCCAACCCUUUAACCAUCAAAAUAAAUAUUUCUACAAACCCUUUUUUAUAUCUAUUCCCCUAUUUUUGUGGUUUAGUUUUUAAUCUAAAAUGCCUGCUCUAUUUUUCAUCCUUUAACCUUCGACUUUUUACUCCCCCUCCCCCAAAGAACCCAAAAAGCCAGGCACAGGAUGGCCUUGUGGAGAACUUUAUCGAUCCCUAUUGCUUCGCCGCAUGGCCUUAUCCUCUCCUUCCUCCUCCUCCUCCACUCCGCCGUCACUACCACCGUCGCCAUCCGUGUCAGAACCAUCAUUCACGACCCUUCUCCGGUUAAACUUCCCGUGUUCAGGGAAGCCCCGGCUUUCCGCAAUGGCGAUUCAUGUGGAUCGAACAAGGACGACAGGAUUCACAUUGCAAUGACCCUCGACGAAAACUACCUCCGUGGAACAAUGGCGGCUGUUUUAUCCAUGUUGCAACACUCGACUUGCCCCGAAAACCUGUCCUUCCAUUUCCUUUGUGCUCAUUCCGAUGUGAAGCUGGUUUCCAGCAUCGAAUCCACUUUCCCUUACCUGAAUUUCAAGAUCUAUCGUUUCGAUUCCAACCGAGUUCGUGGGAAGAUAUCCAAGUCGAUCCGACAAGCUUUGGACCAGCCUUUGAACUACGCAAGGAUUUAUCUCGCUGAUAUAUUACCGGCCGAUGUGAAAAGGGUUCUUUAUUUAGACUCAGACCUGGUUGUGGUGGAUGAUAUCGGAAAGCUUUGGGAUGUAGACAUGGAAGACAAGGUGUUAGCAGCCCCAGAAUAUUGCCAUGCAAACUUUACAGUCUAUUUCAACGAUGCUUUCUGGUCCGACCCGGUGCUGUCGAAUACAUUUCAAGGAAGGAACCCAUGUUAUUUUAACACAGGAGUUAUGGUCGUGGAUGUUGAUAAAUGGAGAAAAGGAGGGUAUACGAAGAAAGUUGAGCAAUGGAUGGCAUUCCACAAGAAGAAAAGGAUAUAUCAUUUGGGUUCUUUGCCACCAUUUUUGCUGGUUUUGGCUGGGAACAUUAAGCCAGUGGAUCACAGGUGGAACCAGCAUGGAUUGGGUGGCGAUAACUUCGAAGGCAAAUGCAGGAAUCUUCACCCUGGCCCCAUUAGCCUUCUCCAUUGGAGUGGGAAAGGGAAGCCAUGGUUGAGGCUUGAUUCCAGGAAACCUUGUGUGGUUGAUCAUUUGUGGGCUCCUUAUGAUCUUUAUCGUUCAUCAAGACAUUUUUUAGAAGAAUAAGAUCAUGAAAUUUUAUUAAAAACUAUUUGGAGAUUCAUAUAAUUUGAGAGACGGGGAACAAGUGAAAAGAAAAGAUAUAUAGGAGAGAAGAAGAGCAAGCAGGUUUACACACCAAUUUUAUGAGAUUUUUUUUAAAGAAACAUAUUGAAUUGAUUAUAAUUUUCCCAACUAUUAUUUUUCAAGAUAGUUUACAUAGACUUACACUUAGUUAUAUAUGUGA